AUGGGUCGCAAGGCCCCCCUGGCCGUGACCCAUUCCACCUCCAACCAAACACCAUCCACCAAAGAGCUGGACGAGGGUGAGGAGAUGCUUCACGAGGCUUGCCGGACCUUUCUGGAGCGGGCCAAACUGCGCCGGCAACGCGAAAUGGCACGUCUCAACCAGCAAAUGCAACUCUUUGACAGUGGGCUUGAGCAGUUACAGCCGGUACAAGCAGCAGAAUCCAUCAUUUCCACAUCGACACCCACCAUCGACACCAGCUCAUCGGACUCGCAAAGGGCGGUAUUCGACUUUGAACAUGCCUCCGAGUCCCGAGACCAGCUGCCGCAUCUGAUGGUCGGAGCCAAUCAUCAGCGGCGCCUGCAAGCACGCUUGUACAAACACUUUGACGAUUUGCAAGAGGCCUACCUGGAACACCACGCCGUGGCCGAUGAUAAGCGAGAGGCCUUUCGGCGCUUCGCGGAUGAUGUGCGCAACAUGGAUCAAUUUGCACGCCUGGAAUCUGUGUGCCGCUUGCGUUACGGUGAUUUGUACAACAACAACUCAAUUGUCUCCAGCAUUGAGUUGGACCCUGAAGAAAACCGCUUUGCCACUGCCGGCGUGAGCAAGCAAAUUCGUGUCUACGAUUACAACACGGUUCUGAGCCGCGGCAGACAAGGCGCGGAGAUUCAUUUACCCAUCCUGACUAUGGACUGCCCCUCCAAGAUCAGCUGUUUAGCUUGGAACCCAGUCCAAGGGCAUCAGCUCGCCAGCUCAGACAACCACGGCAGCGUACGCGUAUGGGACGUUAACGCGGGCACUCCCAUCACAGUAUUCCAGGAACACGAGCGCCGGGUGUGGUCCGUGGAUGUGAACCGACAGAACCCUGUGCUGCUAGCCAGCGGCUCUGAUGAUCGACAAGUCAAGAUCUGGAGCACUCGAAUCCCUCAGCACUCGGUAUACACAAUGACGGGCCCAGCCAACGUCUGCUGCGUGCGCUUCAAUGAAUCUGACGGCAACUACGUGGCAUUUGGCUCGGCCGAUCACCACAUCCACUACUACGACCUGCGAAAGCCCAACAAGGAGGUGUGGACCUUCCGUGGGCACGAAAAGGCUGUAUCUUACGUUCAGUUUCUGUCUGGCCACGAGCUCCUCUCUGCUUCCACGGAUGGCACGCUGCGCGUGUGGCGUGUGGACCAGCAAAACGCCCAUCGCGCGUUCGCCGGGCACUGCAACGAGAGAAACUUUGUUGGCCUGGCACGCCGAGACGCCAAUUUUUUCGUAACAGGGUCAGAGGACAACGCGGUGUACGUGUAUUACAAGGGGCUGACUGCGCCUCUGCUUCGAGGUGCCUGUGACACCGAAGCAGCGGUGCCCCAACCCGUGGUUGCGGCUGGUCAAGCAGGCGCUGAGCCCGCGUCUCGUGGAUUUGUGUCUGCCGUAUCUUGGCGACGGACCGACGAUGCACUGCUCGUGGCCAACAGUGAGGGCACGUUGCUCGUGUACCAGCUGCAUCACGAAUAA